AUGGGAACAACAACCAAUUCUCUCGUGCUAGAACCAGCAACACCGGAAGACGUUCCCGCCAUCACCGAAUUAUGGUUCGCUUCCUUCACACAGCCGGUGAUCGGGCAACUUUUCCCUAACACCCCCGGUAUGCACCAAUGGCACCGGGAUUGGCACCUGGAGGACAUCCAGAAGUCCCACUGCAGAUACCUGCGAGUAGUCGAUACCGAGUCGAAAGAUGAGCAAGGCCGACCGCGACUAGUUGCCUUUGGCAAAUGGGACCUGGCCAUGCCAGAUGAGCGAGGUCGUCGCUUUCCGCAUUGGCAUGCAGACUCGCCUUACCAGGAAUGCGAGGAUUUCAUUGCAGAAUUGGAGCAGGCGAGGAAACGCGUCAUGGGCGAUGAGAAACAUUACUACCUGGAUACACUUGGCACUCAUCCUGAUUACCAACGGCGCGGAGCUGGCUCUAUGCUUGUCCAGUGGGGCUGCGACCUGGCGGAUAAGGAUGGCGUUGCGGCCUACGUGGAUGCCAGCAAGGAGGGCGCACCGCUAUACUUGAAGCAUGGCUUCGUGGAUUUCAAUCCUCCCGGUUCAGAUGUGGCUGCGAUGGCUCGCCGUAAGGCGACUCCAAGAGAUCGCACUUGA